AGCACAUCGACCACUAGUACAACGAGUAAGUUUAGUUUUCAAAUUUUUAUAAGGUGGAACAAGCAGUCUUCACUGUCUAUCGCACCUAUAGCGGAACACAUGUUCUCUCGUAUGAAAAGGAACAAACGCAAAAAGCAAUAACCAGAUAAUUAGAAAGCCGUUUUAAGAAGAAAAUAAUUUUUGUAGAUCAUUGCGGCAUGUCUUCAUCAAUCGAUGUUCGACUAAAUCUUUAAUUGAAGAUAGCGGCAACUACAUAGGGAGAUGAAAAAAAUGAAUUAGUGAUAUUUUCGUUAAGCCCCCAUCCCUCCGUAUCCGAAACAUAUCGCACCUCAGGCAGGUCUGGUCUGAACCAAGCUUUCAGGGGAUGUUGACCAUGUCAAGGUGUGGUAACGAAAUCUUUUGGUGCCACUUGCAACUGUUCGUGAGAGGGCGUCACAACAAGAGCCAAAAGUAGCCGUCUACGACGUGCAAGAAUUCUCAUCCGAGGUAAAUGAUAGAGAGCUCCGGCUUCUUUUACUUUGCAGUAAGCACCUAUGGCUAGGAGUUGACAGAGACUGACUUUUGCAUUUCUCAUUUACUGAUUUCUGGUGCUUAAUAGAACUUUAAAAUCCGAAAAAUCCUUGGAAGGUUUCUUCUAAAUCCGCAUUUCUAUAAAAAAACAGAAGCAUCAUUUAAAAAUCGGACUUUGCCAAGUUCUACUAUAAGUGUUAUCUACAAAUCAAAAGAAAUUUUCUUUCUCCGAUGUAACAUCACUUAGAAUUCUUGUGCGUGGCGAAAGCCCUGAAGAAGUACCAUAACAUGUAUGAGCAGUUUCCUUCAGUUUCAGUCAGUGAUAUUUCGACUCGGACUUUAAAUGUCUGAGUCCAAAAUACAAAAACUGUCUAGUUCGAUUGUUUGCGCGAAAAAGCACUGGUAACUGAUCGUAUAUCUAACAGUCUAUUGAUCUCAAGCUACAUUCAUGCCUAGACUUGACUAGAGAUCAAGUUGUUUUGUAUUAGUCUAAGGUUUUUGGAGGAGGACCAUAAGUUCCGAUAGUCUAUUCGGGUUCUAACUGGACAGGCGACAACAAAUUUCUUCGGUAGAAUGCCAUCAAACUAUCCUAUUUAAAAAAAUCAAGACUUAUACCGGUUUGUGCGCGAUAUUCAGUGUGGGUCAUCGGAUGAGUGUUCACAGAAGGGAAAACUUCUUUGUUUAUUAGGAGCUAAUGGGACAUUUCUGUCUCAAACAACGUACGCAACUGGCAGUUCGCCAUUUGGACUAGCAGCGGUAGAUGUAAACAGUGACAAUAGACCCGAUAUUAUUGUCGCAAACAGUGGUUCAAACAACAUCAGUGUCCUCCUUAAUGCAGGCAAUGGUACGUUUCUGUCUCAAAGGACGUAUGCAACUGGUCUUAGUCCAGAAAGACUAACAGUAGUAGAUGUAAACAGUGACAAUAGACCCGAUAUUAUUGUCACAAACAAAGCCUCGAACAAUGUUGGCGUUUUCUUCAAUGCAGGCAAUGGCAAUGGUACGUUUCUGUCUCAAACGGUGUAUGCAACUGCUGGUAAUGAACAAGGAGUAGUAGUGGUAGAUGUAAACAACGAUAAUAAACCCGAUAUUAUUGCAGGAAGCUUUGAAACGAGCAGUGUGCGCGUUCUUCUCAAUGCAGGCAACGGUACGUUUCUGUCUCAAGUAUCGUACGCAGCCCCUACGUCGACAUAUGAAGUAGCAGUGGUGGAUAUAAACAGCGAUAACAGACCCGAUAUUAUUGUCACAAACUCUGGCUCGAACACUACUGGCGUUCUCUUCAAUGCAGGCAAUGGCACGUUUUCUUCACAAACAACGUAUGCAGUUGGUACAAACCCAGUUGGAUUAGCAGUGGUGGAUGUGAAUGCCGACACUAAACCCGAUAUUAUUGUCGGAAACGUUGAUUCAGGCACCGUCAGUGUUCUCUUGCAGCCGUAA